AUGGGUUGCGCGUCUCCGCGCCGCGCGGCAGCUGCGCUUUGCCUGGGGCUGCUGCUUCGGUAUGGCGCAUCGAGCUUCCUGUGGCAGAGCUCCCUGCGGUCUGUCACAAAGCACCCGCCGCGCCGGUGGGUUGCACGGCACGCGGGCGAUGAGGACGCCCUGGCGGAGACGAAGGAGGCAAUAGGCAGUCUGCUGCAGCAACUCGAGACCGGUAUGGAUAGCGAGGUGGGGCGCCUGCGCGCGCAAGCGCUGCGUUUGAGGUGGCAAGCCCUCCUCGAUGGUCAGGACCCUGCGGGUAGGUUGGCGACAGCGGUAGACUGCGCGUUGGCAGCGAACCAGGCAUUCUAUGAGGCGUUCAAUGGAAAGGAUCUGGAGAAGAUGAGCAGCUUGUGGGGCUGCAACGUGAACCAAUGGGGGCCAUUGCUCUUCUUUCAGAACCAGGACGAAUCCUUCAAGAUGAUGUGUACCUGCACCCAUCCGGACAGCUCCCGUCUGGAGGGCCGCAACGACAUCCUGACCAGCUUCAACCGGAUCUUCCUGAGCCCCACCUUGCCGACCAUCACCAUCUCCCAGGAGGAGGUUCUGGUGACCUCGGAGGAUAUGGCCGUGGUGGUGUGUAAGGAGGAGACGAGCAACGGGGGCCUUCACGAGGCGACCAACACCUUUGCCCGGAGCAGCAGUGGCAGCUGGUUUAUCAUCGGCCACCAAGCUGGGCCUGUGAUGAAGUAG